AUGUCUUCACAGCAACCCCCGUAUUGGCAAGGCUCUCAGGGCGGUGCGCCACCGCAGCAGCAACAGGGCUAUCAGGGACAACAACAGCCUGGCCAGGGCUACUAUCAAUCUCCACCUGGGCAGCAACAGCAGCAGCAACCACCUUAUGGUUACCCUCAGCAAGGACAUCCUGGGCCUCAGCAAAACCAGCAAUAUCCCUACUCUGCUCCACCUGGCCAACAGCAAUAUCCCCCUCCAGGCCAGCAAGGCCAAUAUCAACAACCUCCUCAGGGCUACCCGCAACAGAGUCCCUACGGCCAACAACCUCCUGGCCCUCCAGGUCCUCAAGCUCCUUAUGGGCAACAGCCACCUCCUGGCCCUCAUGGACAGGGACAAGGACAGUACCCACCGCACUCUAAUUACCCCCCUCAGCAAUACGGCGCUCCUCAACAGGGCCAGCCUCCUUACCCUGGCCAGCAUCAACAGCAACAACCACAGCAGCCACCGUACCCAGGCCAACAAUGGCAUCAGCAACCAGGACAGAAUCAAUACGGCGGACAGCCAUUCAACAUAGCUCCAACUCCAGCAUCGCCAGGCUACGAUCCAGCCCAGAAAGCUUGGGUGAAGCCAGUAGACACAUCCUCUGAUGUUGAGGCCCUUCGCAAAGCAAUGAAGGGUAUGGGUUGCGACGAGAAAGCUUUGAUCCGCGUGCUCAUCAGCCCCAAGUACGCUGACCCAUGGACCAUGGCACAGCUUGUACGCGACUACAACAGCCGCUUCCUGCGUGAGCUGGCAAAGGACAUUGAGAGUGAGACUCGCGGCGACUUUGAGACGUGUCUACUAGCCUUGGUUCGUGGACCUUUGGAAAAUGACGUUUACACUCUCUCCAAAGCCCUCAACCGCGCAGGCACAGACGAGGAUGCCCUCAAUGAUGUCCUUCUUUGUCGCUCAAACGCAGACCUUCGUGCAAUUUCUGCUGAGUACAGGCGUGCCCGUGGCAAGGAGCUUCUCGUUGAUAUCAAGGAUGAUGUCGAUGACACUCUUUACAGAUUUUACAGCAUGGUUCUAGCUGCUACUCGCGCGGAAGAAAGCACCCCUGUCAUCCCACAAGAGAUCGACCAGAAGGUCACAGAGCUUCAAAGAGCAACGGAGGGUACAAUCGGUGCAAAUGCAGUGGCCGUGGCGCACAUUUUCACCAGCAGCAACGACGCUCAAAUGCGAGCUAUCAAUGAGACGUACCAGCAAAAGUACCACCGCAGCCUCGAAUCCGUCAUUGAGAAAGAGUUCCGUGGAGACAUGGAGGAUGCAUUGCUGCGGAUACUUUAUCAUGCGAUGGACCGUGCUCGCGCUGAUGCUAAGAGCUUGCAUGUGCCUCUGAACAAAUCGAUGCGCAAGAAUGGUCUGUUUAUCAAUAGGCUGGUGAGUUUGUACUGGGAUCAAGGGCGGCUGCAUCAGACGAAGCAGGCGUACAAACCUGUGACUGGUGCUACGCUGAGUGGGAAUAUCAAGUCGGUUCUUAGUGGCGACUACAAGGACUUUACUUUGGCUUUGAUUGGGGAGAAGUAG